AUGACAAACGAAAUAUUACCAAUUACUGAAGAGCUUUUGAGCAGUUAUAGGUUGAGUCCUGAUUUUAAUAACUAUAAAGACCCAGUACUUAGAUCAAAUCAUUUGCCAAUAAUUGGUUUUGACAAUGAAGAAAUCUUAAGAAACCAUAAUACCGUUCCUGCUUUAAAUGAACUACCACAAACUAUCGUUGGGUAUACCGGAAAUCAUGAUGCCAAAUAUAGUAAUAGCAUUAUCAUCGGAGUUGGAUAUAUUAUUAUAGCUAUUAUCUUCUAUUAUGAGUUUAUUUUUUAG